GCAGACUGAAUAAUAAAAGGGGAGCGGCGAAGAGGCAGGAAGACAGGACCAUGUCGAAGGGCCCCGGGCCCGGCGGCUCCGCAGCUUCCUCGGCGCCCCCGGCCGCUACCGCUCAGGUGCUGCAGGCACAGCCCGAGAAACCGCAGCACUACACGUACCUGAAGGAGUUCCGCACGGAGCAGUGCCCGCUCUUCGUGCAGCACAAAUGCACGCAGCACCGGCCCUACACCUGCUUCCACUGGCACUUCGUCAACCAGCGCCGGCGCCGCUCGGUGCGCCGCCGCGACGGCACCUUCAACUACAGCCCCGACGUCUACUGCACCAAGUACGACGAGGCCGCGGGGCUCUGCCCGGAGGGCGACGAGUGCCCGUUCCUGCACCGGACCACGGGGGACACGGAGCGCCGCUACCACCUGCGCUACUACAAGACGGGGAUCUGCAUCCACGAGACGGACUCCAAGGGCAACUGCACCAAGAACGGGCUGCACUGCGCCUUCGCGCACGGGCCCCAUGACCUGCGCUCCCCCGUCUACGACAUCAGGGAGCUGCAGGCCAUGGAGGCUUUGCAGAACGGCCAGAGCACCGUGGAGAGCAGCCUGGAGGGCCAGUCGGCCAGUGCCGCCAGCCACGCCAUGAUCGAGAAGAUCCUCAGCGAGGAGCCGCGGUGGCAAGAGACGGCGUACGUGUUGGGCAACUAUAAGACGGAGCCGUGCAGGAAGCCGCCGCGGCUAUGCCGCCAGGGCUACGCCUGCCCCUACUACCACAACAGCAAGGACCGGCGGCGUGGGCCCCGCAAGCACAAGUACAGGUCGUCUCCAUGCCCAAAUGUGAAGCACGGGGACGAGUGGGGGGACCCCAGCAAGUGUGAGAAUGGCGACGCCUGCCAGUCAUGUCACACGCGCACGGAGCAGCAGUUCCACCCCGAGAUCUACAAAUCCACCAAGUGCAACGACAUGCAGCAGUCGGGCAGCUGUCCCCGCGGGCCCUUCUGCGCCUUCGCCCACAUAGAACAGCCCCCCCUCAGCGACGAGCUGCCGCCUUCCUCCGCCGUGUCCAGCCCCACCCAGCCCGGCCCUGUCCUCUACAUGCCCUCCGCCGCCGGCGACUCCGUGCCCGUGAGCCCCUCCAGCCCGCACGCCCCUGACCUUAGUGCUCUCCUCUGUAGAAACAGUGGCUUGGGCAGCCCGUCCCGGCUGUGUGGGUCCCCCCCAGGCUCCAUGAGGAAGCCCCCCAACCUGGAAGGGAUCGUCUUCCCCGGGGAGGCCGGCCUCGCCCCCGGCAGCUAUAAGAAGGCGCCCGGCUUCGAGAGGGAGGACCAGGUGGGAGCCGAGUACCUGAAACCCUUCGCCUGCCAGGCCAAAUUAAAGCCCCACUCCCUAGAGGCGCGGAGCCAAGAGCAGCCCCUGCUCCAGCCCAAACAGGACGUGCUGGGCAUCCUCCCCGCGGGCAGCCCCCUGACCUCAAGCAUCUCUUCUAGCAUCACGUCCAGCCUGGCCGCCACGCCCCCCAGCCCCGCAGGCCCCAGCAGCGCCCCCGGCAUGAACGCCAACGCCCUGCCCUUCUACCCCACCAGCGACACGGUCGAGUCGGUCAUAGAGUCGGCCCUGGAUGACCUGGACCUGAACGAGUUUGGGGUGGCCGCCCUGGAGAAGACCUUCGACAGCGGCGCUGCGCCCCACCCGGGCAGCGUCACGCUCGGAGGCAGCUUGCUGCAGAGCUCGGCGCCCGUCAACAUCCCCGGCUCCUUGGGCAGCUCCGCGUCCUUCCACUCGGCGUCCCCGUCCCCGCCCGUCAGCCUCCCGUCACACUUCCUGCAGCAGCCCCAGGGCCACCUGAGCCAGGCGGAGAACACCUUUCUGGGCACCUCUGCGUCCCGUGGCUCUCUGGGUCUGAACGGCAUGAACAGCAGCAUCUGGGAGCACUUCGCCUCUGGGAGCUUCUCCCCAGGCACCUCCCCCGCCUUCCUGUCGGGGCCGGGGGCUGCCGAGCUGGCGCGGCUGCGGCAGGAGCUGGAGGACGCCAACGGCACCAUCAAGCAGUGGGAGGAGUCCUGGAAGCAGGCCAAGCAGGCCUGUGACGCGUGGAAGAAGGAGGCGGAGGAGGCGGGGGAGCGGGCCAGCGCGGCGGGCGCCGAGUGCGAGCUGGCGCGGGAGCAGCGGGACGCGCUGGAGGCGCAGGUGAAGCGGCUGCAGGAGGAGCUGGAGCGGCUGCACGCGGCCGACCCGCACGCCGCGCCCCCCUUCCCCGACCUCGAGGCGCUCUCGCUGUCCACCCUGUACUCCCUGCAGAAGCAGCUGCGCGCCCACCUGGAGCAGGUGGACAAGGCCGUGUUCCACAUGCAGUCGGUGAAAUGCCUCCAGUGCCAGGAGCAGAACCGGGCGGUGCUGCCGUGCCAACACGCCGUGCUGUGCGAGCUGUGUGCCGAGGGCAGCGAGUGCCCGGUCUGCCAGCCGGGCCGGGCCCACACCCUCCAGUCGUGACCCCGCAGGCCCGGUGCCGGCCCGGCCCGGCCCCACUAGGACUUUUUAAAGUAUCUAUAUAUAUGUAUGUAUGUAUGUAUGUAUGUAUAUGUACAUGACUGUAUACAUCUGUGUGCGUGCAGCCGCGCGCGGCCAGUGUGGGAAGAGUGUCUGUGUGCGCGCCCGGACCGGGUGCGCGCGCACACUUUAAACAGACUUACCAAGCACUUUUUAAAGAAGAGACUAUUUUGCAGCCCUGCCCCCGCACCUUGGCCGGGAUUCUCUUUUUUUACACGUAGGAACUAACUCUUUGUAACUUCCUCCUGGGGCCGAGCAGGGGGGCGGGGAGGCCCGGCCGCCCCCCUCCCCGCCCAGGAGCGAGAGCCGAGCCGGCAGCGAGUGGGGGUCCGGGGGCGGCGCGGCGCGUGCCGGUCAGUGGCCGCGGCGCCUAGGUUUACCAAAUGUGUAUUUAGUCCGGGACUAGAGGCCAAAGCAGCAGCUCCCGGAGGGGCCCGGCCGCAGGCGCCCCCUCGGCCCUCCCCCCUCCGCCCCCAGAACCGCCUCCCUGGCAGCUGUGGGCCCGCGUGGAGGCGCCGUCCGCAUUCCUGGUGCUCUGAGUGCAGUGCAGUCCGGCCUCGGCGCGGACGCGUGCGUGUGUGUGCCUGUCCGUGGGUCUCGUGUCUUAGCUUCCAUUUAAACAUUGUUCUGUACAGACAGGCAGCGGGCGGGAGGGCGCGGGCAGGAGGGCUGGAAGGGUCUGGCCCCCCGCAGGCCCCCUUGGACUCAGCACGGAAGAAAGGGCUUUCAAUGAAUUAAGUGAAAACUUUUUUUUUUAUAAAAAUGCAAAAAUCAACAAAGCUCCAAACCUAUUGGAAAUAAAAUAUGAACUUGCA